UGAGUGAUGCCAGUGUGGAGCACCUGGUAGUCAGUCAGUCAUCAGCUCCCUCUCAGUCUCAGUGGAGCUGCGCACAGUGAACACGACCACACAGCAAUGCGGACGAAGAAGAAGGGCAAAAACGAGGGGAAUAGUCGGUUUUUCUCUCACAACCCGGCGGAUUGGAGCUCUUAAAGCAUGAUUUAAUCCGGAUUACGCACCGAAAGACGCACAAUAGCUGGCUUUAGGAAGCAGCAGCAGCUCCAGGGCGGAUAUUUUCCCGACAUUUACGCACAUUCCCAGCUUCCUCCAGAAGAAAACAAUGAAUGCUUGAAUAUUUUUAUAGCGUUUUUUUUUUUUACAGCACAGCUUCACAUUGUUUUUUGUACACAAACCUCGCCAUGGUGGACUCUCCCACCAUGAGGAAGACUUUUGUUGUGCCAGACAUAAAACCUUUGGAUCUGUAUGACUGUACUAAAGCAAAAAUAUGCGCAAGUGUCGGAUGGCUGCUGGCAAAGUCCUACGGCAGUGCAGAGAACGUCCCUACAGACCUGCGUGACCCCUUCUACUGUGACCAGUAUGAGCAGGAGCACCUUAAACCGCCAGUCACGCGCCUCCUGCAGUCCUCGGAGCUCUACUGCCGGACCUACGGCCUGCUACUGGGGGGCACCGGAGCCGAGGCACAGCCCAAAGACAACGUCGCCCUGCUACAGCUGCUCGCUCAGAGAGGCAUAGUCUCCAAAGACCAGGACACGCCGGUGACCGAUGCAGACCUCCGACGUAAACCCAUCAAAAUGAGUGCUCACCUGGCAGUGAUAGAUGCCCUGAUGGCCAUGGGAGCCAUGGAGACGGUGACUGCGGUGAAGACAUGUGGUGCUGCCGAGCUACUGGGUGGAGCCUCCAGCUGGGAGGAUGCUCUGCUUCAUUGGGUUAACGGGUUAAACCAGAAGUUAAGAGAACGUACUGAAGGAGCCCAGAAUGACACGUCUCAGGCCAUUAUGGAGCCCCAACCUGUCCAACCCUCUUGUCCUACUCGCUGGUACUGGAAACUUGUUCCUCUCCGCUACAGGAAGGAUAAAAUACAGUCCAAACAGAAGCCCAUCUUUCCAGCGGUGAAUGAAGUCAAAGACCUGUCUAGUGGUUGUGCUGUUGCUGCAGUCAUACAUUACUAUUGCCCUGGCCUGCUAAGACUUGAAGAUGUUUGUAUGAAGGAGUCCAUGUCUGUAACAGACAGCCUGUACAACCUGCAGUUCAUCCGAGAGUUCUGUGACAGCUGUCUAAAGAGCUGCUGUCACUUGACGCUGGAGGACAUGCUGUACACCCCACAGGAGCUUCGGCUCAACUUGCUGAGCUUCCUAGCAGAACUGCUUACCUGGUUUGAAGUACGGAGGCCAGAAUUCGUUCAACCGAUAGACACGUUGGAUGGACCCACACCAGUAACACCAAGAGGCUUGAGUGGUAGCAGCACCUCCCCUUCUAUCUUCAAGAAGCCUUUCCUCCCGAUCUCCGCUCCUGCGUCAGGAUCUUUGACUCAGUCUACCUCAAUGUCUCAUAUAGAAGGAGUUGGAAAGACAUGGAGCAAGAAACCUCUCAGCCGCCCCUUGUCAGCAGUGUCCUUCAGCAUUCCUUUCGGUCUGGACAGUGAUGUGGACAUUGUGAUGGGCAACCCUGUGAUAACCCGCUCUGUGAGCUCAGACCAACUCAACCCAGCAGUCCAAAACAUGACCCGGGUGCCCUACACCCCUCCUGAAGACCUCAGCCAUUUGCUGAGCAAACCCCCCGGCUCCAACGGUCCGCAGAGAGCUUCUUGGGCCACCCAGUCUGCCAGUAUUCCCAGGCUGGCAGAGGAGAACGGCCUUGCGGCGAGUGAAGCGGGAGAGCUGCCUACCAUUGAAGAGGCUCUCCAAAUAAUCCACAACGAGAGCAAGAUGGAGCCCCGUUUACACCCUGAUGGCGCUCCUGAUGGCUUCUACCUCCACUCUCCUGAUGACCCUGUUAGUUCGAGACAUAACAGCAAUUUAGCACCCAUCAGCUGCUCUGCCCCCCCACGCUCAGGAAUGCUGUACCGGCCCACAGGGGAGUCCAGGGAGCCCACUCGCACCAGAAACACCUCUGAAUGUUCACGAGAUGAUGACUCGGUCUUGAGAGACGGCAGUGUGGACUCGGAUGCAUCAGAAGACCUACCCAAGGCCCAGUCCACUCCAGCCACACCAGCUGCUGGUGUCAGAGGCCACGGCACAGAGGUGUCUGAUAGUGGUGUGAAGAUGACCAGCUUUGCCGAGCGCAAAAAGAAGCAGAUUAUAGAUUCUCCCAAAGCCAGCGACCCCUCUUCUUCUUCCUCUCCGAUGACCACGUGGGCACAAAAGUCUGAAGAAAGCCCCACUAAGAGCCCACAACUCAAUAAUGAGAUGUCUGAGCUGGGAACUCGGCUCGAAGAAAAACGCAAAGCUAUCGAAGCCCAGAAGAAACGCAUCGAGGCCAUUUUUGCAAAGCACCGACAAAGACUUGGGAAGAGUGCCUUUCUGCAGUUAAAGAAGGAGCAGCGUGAGGACGAAGGCGAGGGUGAAGGAGGGAACGGCCAGAUCAGCACCUCAUCCACAGAAGAAGACCUCUCUCGCUUGACACUGGAAGAAAGGCUGGCUCGAAUGGAAGAGGAAGAGCAGCAGGAACAAGAUGAGCAGCGCCCCUCAGUGGAAGAUGACGGUAAUGUCAAAGGAGGACUUCAGUUCAACAAACAGGCCGGUCACUCCAAAGAAAAAGCGGGUACGCCAGGAGAGAAGGGCUCUGGGGCUCCUGGAGAGAAAGCGGUGGCUCCACUAGGGGACUAUAACAAUGCUGUAUCCAAGCUGACUGCAGCUCUUAGCUCUCUGCAGAGUGACAUGCAGCGGCUGACGGAGCAGCAGAACCACAUGGUCAAGAAGAAAGCUCCAGGUUCCAGCAACAAAACCUGGGUCAUUCCACCCAGCCCUAAAACCUCCACCCCAGCUCCUGCACGCCUGUCGCGGGAAUCCACCCGAGAUUUAAAUUCAGCCUCCUCCUCUCCGUCUCCAUCUCACAGAAUCACAAACCACACCACUCCUUAUAAAUCCCCUAAAGUCCAGCGUAGAGCCCAAUCUGUGCCCCCUAAAAGCCCCAAACACCACCAAAACAGUCGUCCCUUGGACAAUAAGGUCCCCACACUGUCGAGGGUUAUCACGGCACCUCAGAACGUGGACCGCAUCCCCCACCUUCGUCGUGUAAAUCCCUGGCAAAUGCAAGACCAGACUGUGUCUUCCUUCUCCCUUGGUGACUCUCACAGCCUAGAUGAGCUGCGUUCAUCUGGACCAACUCCUGUCCCCACGCCGACACAGACCCCUGCGCCAACUCCUAUCCCGACUCUCCACCAUGCCGCAGAUGACGCAAUGUCAGAGGUCGGCUCCAUCGACGAUCAUAGUAUAUUUAGCCUGGACCUGGAUGCUGGGCCAUCGCAUGGUCCUUUGGCUCACAAGGACAGGUUUGCACACGGGGGCUACAGCUCUGGUGCGCCAUCAGAGUGCUCCUUCGAGAGUGAUGUCCCUGCAGGGAUGUCGAAUGGCAAACGAAGUAGCCUGAUAGAGAUCUCGCUGUCUGCUCUGCGAGGAGACGGGGAGGAGGAUGACCAAGUACCCGACACUUUAUCUGACUCGAUGAGUGACCGGACGGAGCCAGAGGCGAAAGGAGGGGUUGGUUUCUUUUUCAAGGAUGACAAAGAGCGACCGGAGGAUGAGAUGGCCCAGCGAAGAGCAGCUUUGCUGGAGAAACAGCAGAAGAGAGCAGAAGAGAUGAAAAGACGCAAGCUUGAUCAGGAAAAAGAAAAAGAAAAAGAAAAAGAAUUAAGCAAGCCUCAGUGGAUGACCAUCGAGGGCUGGGGGAAUAAGAAUGAGGACCAAUCCCAGACUCCAGGCACCCCUCCAGCAUCACGCACCCCCGUCGAGGGGACUCCCCAGCGCAGAGGAGACUUCACUCGGCAGGAGUACGAGAGGAGGCAGCAGCUGAAGAUCAUGGAGGACUUGGACAAGGUGCUGAGGCAGAAACCCACCACGGUCCGCGGCGUCAAGAAGCAGAGACCCAAGACUGUGUUCAGAGACGACUCCGUCCUCUCUCAUAGCCCUGCCCGGGGUUUCAUGGGCACCAAGCUGAGCAAGCAGUACUCUCACUCCACCAUGAACCUCUCCUCCAUGGCUAAUGACUCUGGAGGCCUGACUGUCAGGAAGUCUCCCAGCCGGUCACACUCUCCCUCCCGGUUAAUGUCACCACGACGAAUAAGUGCUCACAACGGAGAGAAAGACUGGGAGAACGGCUCCACUAUUUCCUCCCCUGCCUCGAUCCCAGAAUAUACAGGACCAAAGCUCUACAAGGAGCCUAGCUUUAAGUCAAACAAGUUCAUCAUCCAUAACGCUAUCACCCGCUGCUGCCUGGCCGGCAAGGUCAAUGAACCACAGAAAAACAAGAUUGUAGAGGAAAUGGAGACGAGCUCGGCCAACCACUUCCUCAUCCUCUUCAGAGACGCCAGCUGCCAGUUCAGAGCGGUUUACACCAUGAACCCUGAAACCGAGGAGAUGGUACGGCUCACUGGCAUCGGCCCCCGCAUCAUCGCACCCGAGAUGGUCGAGUCCAUCUACAAGUACAGCUCUGACCGCAAGCAGUUCACCGCCAUCCCGUCCAAAACUAUGUCCAUGAGCGUCGACGCCAUCACCAUCCCUGGUCACUUUUGGCAAAAGCGCCCAGGAACUCCCAAGAAGCUUGGCACCCCCAAAUAACGUUGGGCAGCUGGGUAGAGAUGGGUAGAGAUGUAACCAUUCAGGGAACCAACUCCCAGUUUCUAUUUUGGCCAGUGAGGCUCUUGAGAUGCAGUUUAACUAGCAGUGGACCGCAUGGCUGAUUAGGCUUUUGGCCAGCUAUCAACCUGGAACAACCCAGUCAACUCUACAUGCCAAGAGAAAGGGCCAAUCACUCACUCGUUCAGCCAAUGUAGUUAUAAUAGUUUCUCUCUUGAGGGCUUCUGAUUGGCUCAGCCUCGUCUACCUAGAUUGUAAAAUGUAAUGCGACUGAUUCUGUUGGGAUUUCCCUCGCUCCCUGCCUCCUCAUGCCUUGCCUUACCCUGCCCCUGGAGUCAUUUUAGGUAAGAAAAAGGAGGGGACAACCAUACUGCCUUUGCCCACACAAUAGUAUUUUGGGCCAGAGUAGUUCCCGCCCCUCUCAAUUCUGCUUGCUUUUCCUUUUUGCUGCCUUUUCUUCUUCUUCUUCUUCCAGAGCUCACUCUCUCUCCGGUCUACUGAGACGAGUGGCUCAGCUCUCACUUCUGAUAGCUGAAUGGCAGGUAAUGCUGCUCUCCUAUGAAUGUAGGGCACACACUUACCACUUAUUCCAUUCAAGGGUGUUGUCACUGGUUUGUCAGGACCAGAAAAUAGCAUAGUGGGGUGUUUCCCUCUGUGGGCUGCACUGGUGGUGGCUACUGUGCUACACCUAGAAACUGCCUGUGCCCCCAUAGCUCGCCACUCACAUUCAACUCCUUCAGCUGUAGACAUCUGGAUGUUUUUUUUAUACGAUUUUGACAUGUUUUUUGCUGGACAAAUCAGCCUUUGAGAGCUGAAAGAAGAAUGAAAUUCAUGUGACUUUUUUUCCCCCCCUUGCUUUCUCAUUUUCAACAUGUGAUGAAUUGAAAUGUUAUCUUGAAAAAAAAAAACAAUACUGGAAACAUGAAGGAGGGCUUUAUCGUUACUUGGGUACGGCUCUGUGUGAAAAUGAUAAUCAAUGCUGAUUUAAUAUAUACUGAAUGCUGAUUACUUUGAUUUUUUUUUUUUUUUUUUGGACAAUGAUUUGUAAAAAAGUAAGUUUGUAAGCUACGAAUAAGCUAGCCUGCUGCUUAAGCAUUAGUGAGAUGUAUGUUUGAGAACGAGUGUAUGAGAAUGAAAAGAAAUUGCUGAAACCUUUUUGUCUAGGGAUUAAUAAAUCAUUUAGGUCACCAGGAGUCUGUUUCCUGUUAUAUGAUUCCCUGUUUGUGCAUAUAAACAGUAGGUUUCUUGAUGAAGGAUCAUCCCGGACUGUAACAGCCCUCAUCUUCCCCACACAGUCUCUAGAGACUCCUUCGUGUAUAACUGGGGGAAUGUACUGUUUUUUGGCCUGCGUGUCCAUGCUGUUGGGAAAAACCACUUGACCCUGCAGUAAGUUGUGAUCAGGUCGCCACAAAACCUGUGGGAAAUGGGCCUCUUUUGCAGUCUUUAGCACUACAGAUGCAGCUGUCCUCUUUCAAAUCACUGACUGCCUCCAAUAAAUGUGUUUGAAUGAGAAAAAAAAUUAGGAAAAAAGAUGAUUGAUUAAAAAGCGAGUGUGGAGGAGUGCACAUGGAAUCAGUGGAUGUUUGUAUUUAUGUGUUUGUAAAGAGUAGUAUGUGGUAGUUAAACACUAUAUUUUCCGUGCAAUUCUCCCCUAGAAACCCCCACGUCAGAGAGGUGUAUUUAUUUGGUUUGCAUUAGUUGGUGCAUUUGAUGUUUAGUUUCAGGUUCUACCUAUGUCUUUUUUUUUUUUUGGUUAAGGUGGUUUAAGUCUCGCCUUCAUUUCAUAGACGAUGUCAUAACAUUUAUGUUUUCUUUUCUUUUCUGUUCUUUGAAUCUGUGCCAGCACAUUACGUGUGAUCAUUUCAUAAAUUGACUAUCCUCCUUGGCAACUGGACCAGACGAAUAAAAAUCCUUUUAAAAUCA